AUGAUAAAUAAAUAGGAUUUAUUUUAAAUUAUAUUCAUUUAGUUGUUUUAGAGUAAGGAAAUAAAAAUGAGACAUUUUUAGAUUAUAAAAGGCUAUUGAGUUGGAUACAUAAUAUACUUUUGCAUACAUGAGCAGAGGUUCUCGGGUUAUUUAAUGAAUAGGAAAUUUUUUAGAUCAAAUAGGAAAUUAAGAGGAGGCACUUUUAGAUUGAAUUAGACCCUAAUGUGGCUUGUAUUUGUAAAAAAUUUGAAAUACUAAUUAGGCACUUAUAGACUUUAACAAGAGAAUUGAAGUAGAUCCUAAUUGUUCUGAUUUUUAUUUCGAUAGAGGCAAAUAAGGUAUUAUUUUUUAUUAGAAAUCUCUAUGAAGACAUAGAUAAUGAACAAUAGGCACUCGUAGAUUAUGAUAUAGCGAUGGAAUUAGAUUCCAAUAAAUCUAAAGCAUAUAAUAAUAGAAGUUUUAAAAUUAGUAGAAUGAAAUAGGCCUAAUCGGAAACACAGACAUUGCACUUAUCAAUUAUAACAAAUCAAUUGAAUUGAAUUCUAAUGAUGAUUAUACAUAUAAUAGCAGAGGUCAUAGAGUGUUAGAAUAUAUAGGAAUGCUCUAUUAAAAUAAUGGAAAAAAAAUGAAAGCUCUUGAAGAUUAUAACAAAGCAAUUGAAUUAGAUCCUAAUAUUGCUUAAAUUUAAAGUUCAAGAGGUAAUUAGGGUUUAGGUUAUUAUAGCAUUAUUGCAUUUAAGCUUAGAAAUUAAAGAUUAAGCCAUAAUCGAUCAUAACAAAGCUAUUAAUUUGAUCCUAAAGAUGCUAUAAAUUAUUUUAACAGAGGUAAUCAAGAAGUUGAACUAAAUAGGAUUGUUUUAUAGAGGUAUGA